AUGAGCUACUACAGCGGCUACUACGGAGGCCUGGGCUGUGGCUAUGGUGGCUUCGGAGGCCUGGGCUGCGGCUAUGCCUGUGGCUGUAACAGCUUCCGCAGACUGGGCUAUGGCUGUGGUUAUGGAGGCUACGGAUAUGGCUCUGGCUACGGAUAUGGCUCUGGCUACGGAUAUGGCUGCUGCCGCCCUUCAUGCUGUGGAGGGUAUGGGUUCUCCAGCUUCUACUGA